AUCAAAUGUCAAAACUGUGCGCAUCAGCAACAUGACAGAAUGCAGUGUUCCACAGUGUUCUAAAGUAUAAAGUGCUGCAUGCGCGGCUAAUAUAUAUAUACGAUCGAAAUAUUCGCAUAUAAAUGAGAUAUUCGCUCACAUCAUCUUUAGCACUUGACAUGCAGCAAAACAUUGUUAUAAGGAUUCUAAAAAAAGCAGCAAAAUAAGAGGAAAAACAGACGAAACCUUGAGAUAUACGCGAGAGACGAUCGGAGGAAACGUAUAAAUUAACAAAUACCAACAAAUACAACAAUACCAUAAGAUUUUGUCGAUGAUGGACUAUCUGAUUUAUUUCACAUCCGCGCUGAUAAUAUCUUUCAGCCUUUUCUACGCAUAUGCCAAGUACAAGUUGUCUUAUUGGAGUAGACGUGGGGUGAAAAGCCCUCCGACGCAUUUGUUCUUCGGCAAUUUCAAGGAAUGUAUCACCCUGAAGAAGCCACCAAAUGAGAAAAUGUAUGAAAUCUACAAUAGUGCCGAUCCGGACGAUCCUUACAUCGGUUUUUAUAUCUUUCAUAAACCCCUACUGCUACUACGGAACCACGACUUGAUCAAACAGGUGAUGACCACGGAUUUUGACGUCUUCCCGAAUCGACGAUUUGGUUCAGGCAGCCAGAGGGACGCGAUAGGUCUGGACAGUAUCUUGUCUAUGAAUCAGCCCAGAUGGAAAUACGUGAGAAACAAAUUAACCCCGGUCUUAACCGGACAAAAACUGAAAAACAUGAUACCGCUGAUAGUGAAGAGCGGAAAGCCCAUGUUGAACUUCCUUGAGAACUUACCGAUAAACGAGGAUGGCUGGAGUGAAUAUGAGGUGAAGGAUAUCGGUAGUCGUUACAGUAACGAUGUUUUGGCUUCUCUGAUGUUCGGUGUUAACGUAAACUCUUUCGAUGAUAAGGAGAUCGCUUUUUGUAAAAAAGCCGGUAUGACAAUCUUCAGAGGUUUUAUGCGAGGAAUUGUAUUCAUUAUCCAAUUCUUUUUACCUGAUUGGGACUUUUUAGUCGUGCCGUUUAUUAAAGGACCUGCAAAUUAUCUUCGCAACAUUUUCUGGGAAUCCAUGAACACUAGAGAAAGACUGGAAUUUAAGAGAGGAGACAUGAUAGAUUCCAUGUUGGCGCUUAAAAAUGGAGAACAAAAUCCCAUUUACAUAUUCGAAGGAGACAAUUUAGUGGCACAGCCCUCCAGUUUAUAUAUUGCCGGAUUCGAAGCUACCGCGACUACGAUAGCUUUUACUCUGUAUGAGUUGGGGUGUCAUCCAGAGCAUCAAGAUACUAUAUACAAUGAGAUACAGACGCAGUUAUCAGGAAAAGAAUUGACCAUGGAUCUGAUCAAUGAACUGUCUUUCUUAGAUUCUAUUGUAGUUGAAUCACUGAGACUACAUCCUCCUCUACCCGUCACUGAUAGAAUAACUACAAGAGAUUACGAAUUGCCAAAUACUGGAUUAAUAAUCGAAAAAAAUGUUCCGGUGUAUGUCUCUAUAAAUGCGACAAAUCAAGAUUCAAAAUAUUUUUCCAAUCCGCAAGAUUUUAUUCCUUCGAGAACAGAAACAAAGGACAAAAAAAAGUUUUACGAAUCCUUAGCAUUCGGUAUUGGACCUCGAUCAUGUAUAGGACAGAGAUUUGCCUUAUUAAUUGUAAAAGUGGCAUUAAUUAUGAUCAUUUCGAACUAUACUAUAUCUUACGAAGUGAAUAAGAAACAUGACAAUAAUACUAUUCACGUAUUCGCAUAUGCGUCAGAUGGUCUAUAUGUUCAGUUCAAGAAACGUAAUUAGGCACUUACUUGAAAUUAAC